AUGUCCUCAUCCGGCACCGGCAGCUCCAAUGCCAGCGCCUCACCCGCUGCUUCCACGUCCUCGGCGUUGACAUUCAGCGAGUCAGAUGCCGACUUCGAACGAGCACUCAACUCAUACGAUGUACCUGUCGUGGCUGAGGCGCUACGUCGAUAUCUUGCGGCCGAGACGCAAGCAGGCUUAUCCUCCGGCUCAGCAGCCAAACGGCAGUCUGCGCAGUUGCGUAGCGUCUUCUACGAGCGGUUCAACCAGCUACUGGACCGCGUAUUCGGUCUCGACACGGUCUCCAAGCAAAAAGACGGCGGAUGGCUUGACUACAGCGCAGGAUUAGGCGUGACGCCCGCUCCAGGUUCAGCUGCUGCACAAGCAGCCAAGAAACGCGCCGAGCAGAGACGCGAGCGCGCGGCGGCGGGUGUAGCAACCGAUGAGGACGACGUAGACGAAUUUCUGUCCAAUUUAACCACCAGCGGGCGCGCUAUCGUCAAGCUAUUGGGUGGUGGAGUGCGCUCCGAGGACGGCUCGGUGUUCCAGUUCCUCUUUCGAGUGCAACAUCCAGUGGAAUUUAAACUGGCGCUAGAUAUGCUGCCAGAACAGAGCAAGAUGUCGAUUGCCAGUGGUCGAGGGGCCAGUCUGCUCUUCACGCAGCUGCUACAUAAGCCUCUGGCCAAGCAGCGACUAGAUCUACGCAGUCCGGAGCUGCUCGUGUCCAUUAAAGAGUUGUAUCUGUUCUAUUUCCUACGACAUCCAGCGAGUUCGUCACAUCCAACUGCCAAGACCCGCCAGUCUGGUUGGAGAAUGUACGUGAAGGACGGAGUGACAGCACUGACAAGAGGAAACCCAUACAACGUACUGCUACUGCAGUAUCUGAGAGCUUUCCUGCCGGACAGCAACCGCGGCGUCAAGAGCCGCUUCCACGGCAAACUCCUCAAGGAUUCGAACCUGUUUCUUCACAUUUUGAUCGAGUUUUGGCUGCGACAGAACCUCAUUUCGAUCUCGGAUGAGCCUGUGGGGGCUUCAACUGCUGCUCCGGGCGUCAUUCGUCCACCACCGCCAGCCAAUAUGCCAGCGAGUCCAUUUGCCUCGGUAUACACGUCCACAAGUUACAUGGCGCCGUCCGAUGAUCUGUUGAGCUCAUUGCUGCUGACUAUAACUCACUUGCUCUCGGACUCUUUCUUCCCUGCUCCAUUGGCGGAAGACUCGAGUGGAUCGCAGACUGGCGCUGGAGGAAUGGUCGUCGGGAGUGGAGGAGUGUAUCUGAGUCGAAGUGUCACGAUGUUGCGUCCUCCGUUGUACGCGUUCUUCCGGCUUGUGUUCUCUCGGGCUCCUAUAGGACUCUCCCCGACGGCGUUUCUGGCUAUUACGGAUGUUUGGCUCGCGUAUAUCCAGCCGUGGCAUUGUCGAUCUUGGAUCGAAUCCAAGGACCCAGCGAUAACAGGUCAAGACACAGUACCAGGGUACACAUCGGCGUGGGAGAGCUACGUACUGGCGAAUUACCACUUCUACACGACGCUGUUAGGUGCGUUUGUGGAGCGUGCGAAGGAGCUGGACUUCUCUGCAGGUGACGAGCGCAACUUGCAGAUCGUCGACCGUGUGUUGAGUGUGUACAACGCCGAUCUGUUGACUCUACUGCGUCGAGCAUCGCUGCAUCUCGAGAAGUCGCAGCCAUUCGCCAUGCCUUUCAGCUUCAACCGCAGCUCCAACUUUGCACGUUCACGUAGUGGCAGCUUCGGUUCCUCGUCGAAAUCCAAGUCGACAGCGGGCGAUGCACUCACGGCUACUCAAGCACAUGUACUGACGUUCUACUGCAAGUCCUUAGGCAUCGAAUGCACGCCUGUCCCGCUCCACGAGAGUUUCCAUCGCGACGCUGAACGUCUCUUUGACAAGCUGUGGGAAGCUGCAGUGACAUCCGCAGCGACGUCUUCUACCUCGUCUCCUGCAGACUUGUACCACAAUGUGAGUGCUGUGUUCCGUGCAUCCAGUUCCAAGACGGUUGACAAGGUGGCCGAGCAGGUUCAGCGCUUGAGUCGCAUGUUACGACGUGUGUUCGAGAUCUCAGACGCCUAUGUGGCCUCAACGGCUCACUCUCGCUCGUCGUCUACUGCUACAGGUAGCGGGUUGGAGUCGUUCGCACCUAGUCGAGACAAGGACCUGCCGCACUUGCUCUCUCGUGAAGGUGUCUUCCAGCUGCAGUACGGAAUGCGCUUGUGCUCUCCCGACACUGCCGAGUACCUUGGUGACCCGAUGCUCAGUCCUAUUUGUUCCUACGAGGUGGCGUGGCUCGUACGACUCUCCUACAAAAUCUCCACAUGGCUCAACGCGCAGUUCGGGUUCGUUAACCCGUACCAUGGCAAGCAACUGGAAGACAACUUGGAAGUGGACCCUGCUAGUCCAUUCGUGCGCUUCCGGUUCAACUUGCGCUUCUUGGCCAGCAAGGUGAACCUCAGCUACCUCGCAGCCUUCGUGCUCUUGUUAUACGUGCUCUACUUCUGGUAA